UUGUGUUGUAGCAUUUGUUCUGGAAGCUCGUAUUUACAUUUUAAGUAUAUCUGGUGAGUGGGCAGGAGCCCUCGUCUGGGCCGGAAAAGAAAGAAAGCCCUCCGGGUCGUCUUUUAGUUGCUCCUCUUCGUUUACAUCCCCAGUUUUUCAUCACUCCGACAAGCCGCGACGAUGCCCAGGAAGAAGGCGGCGGCGGCGGCGGCAGCCUGGGAAGAGCCGAGGUCGGGCAACGGCACGGCCCGUGCCGGGCCCAGGAAGCGCGGCGGCCCGGCCGGCAGGAAGCGCGAGCGACCCGAGCGUUGCAGUAGUAGUAGCGGCGGCGGCAGCAGCGGCGACGAGGACGGCCUGGAACUCGACGGGGCCCCCGGUGGGGGCAAGCGCGCGGCGCGGCCAGCGACAGCGGCGGGCAAGGCGGGCGGCGCAGCGGUGGUCAUCACCGAGCCCGAGCACACCAAGGAGCGCGUCAAACUUGAAGGGUCUAAGUGCAAAGGGCAGCUUUUGAUUUUUGGGGCAACCAACUGGGACUUGAUUGGUCGAAAAGAAGUGCCUAAACAACAAGCUGCUUACCGCAAUCUAGGUCAGAACUUGUGGGGGCCCCACAGAUAUGGGUGCCUGUCUGGGGUCCGGGUGCGGACAGUGGUUUCAGGUUCCUGUGCCGCCCACAGUCUCCUCAUCACCACAGAAGGGAAGCUGUGGAGCUGGGGUCGAAACGAGAAAGGUCAACUGGGACAUGGUGAUACCAAGAGAGUUGAAGCCCCCAAACUCAUAGAGGGGCUCAGCCACGAAGUGAUUGUGUUGGCAGCAUGUGGGCGGAACCACACCCUGGCCUUGACAGAAACGGGCUCUGUGUUUGCGUUUGGAGAGAACAAGAUGGGACAGCUGGGCCUGGGCAAUCAGACAGACGCAGUUCCCAGCCCCGCACAGAUAAUGUACAACGGCCAGCCAAUUACCAAAAUGGCCUGUGGGGCUGAAUUCAGUAUGAUAAUGGACUGCAAAGGAAACCUCUAUUCCUUUGGGUGCCCUGAAUAUGGUCAGCUGGGACACAACUCGGAUGGGAAGUUCAUCGCCCGGGCACAGCGGAUAGAGUAUGACUGUGAGCUGGUGCCCCGGCGAGUGGCCAUCUUCAUUGAGAAGACGAAAGACGGGCAGAUUUUGCCAGUCCCAAACGUGGUUGUGCGAGACGUGGCCUGUGGCGCCAACCACACGCUGGUCCUGGACUCCCAGAAGCGCGUCUUCUCCUGGGGGUUUGGUGGCUAUGGCCGGCUGGGCCACGCGGAGCAGAAGGAUGAGAUGGUCCCCCGCCUGGUGAAGCUGUUUGACUUCCCCGGGCGUGGGGCGUCCCAGAUCUAUGCUGGUUACACCUGCUCCUUUGCCGUCAGUGAAGUGGGUGGUCUGUUUUUCUGGGGGGCCACCAACACCUCACGUGAGUCCACCAUGUAUCCGAAAGCAGUACAGGACCUCUGCGGUUGGAAAAUCCGGAGCCUGGCUUGUGGGAAGAGCAGCAUCAUCGUGGCUGCUGACGAGAGCACCAUCAGCUGGGGCCCAUCUCCAACCUUCGGGGAACUGGGCUAUGGAGAUCACAAGCCCAAGUCUUCCACUGCAGCCCAAGAGGUGAAGACACUGGACGGCAUUUUCACAGAGCAGGUUGCUAUGGGCUACUCACACUCGCUGGUGAUAGCGAGAGAUGACGGUGAGACCGACAAGGAGAAGAUCAAGAAGCUGCCGGAGUACAACCCCCGGACCCUCUGACGCUCCCAGAGUCUCCUUCCGAGCCCACACCUCUCGCGGCAGCUGUCAUUCCAUGUGCACUGGGACGGGAAGUCAGACAAGGAAUUUACAAAAGCAAAAGUCGACCGAAGGUGCAUUUUUGUUAAACUCCCUGAGGUUCCGUUCCGUUUUAUAAGUGAUUCAACGUCAACUACCUUUUUCUGUAUGCUUUCCAAAGUGUUUUUUUUCCUCUUGAUGUUUAAUUAAAAUAUUUGCUCAUA